GUGUGUGUGUUUUUGUGUUGUGGUGUGUGUGUGUGUGUGUGUGUGUGUGUGUGUGUGUGUGUGUGUGUGUCUGUCUCCAGGGAACAUAAUGUGUCUGCAUCUGUAGAAGAGUAGAAACAGGAAGCUGUAUUUGAUUUAAAGCAGAUUUUAGAAACAGCGAAUCUAGUUGUUAUAUUGACACUCUAAUAUACUGUCCUCGUUGACGGCGGUACAGCCUUAUCAUUGACCCACUCGCGUCAUGUGGAGACAUAAUACGUGACCGUGACGAUUAUACGGGCCAGAUGUAGCUGACUGACUGAAACCGGUGAACCGACAACUUCUUAUUCAUACCAAUAUAAUACACUAGGAUGACGCAAGUCAGGUGAUUCCCCGUUUAAAGGGGUGUAUAACGGUGUUUGAGGUCGAGCGACAGCAGCGUCAAGCCAGCGGCGGUGGACGUUUCUCCGCCUGAAGCAGCACCGGGAGAGCAGGACGGGAGCCGCGAUCCAGCAGCGGGAGUUCCCUUCUGAUGGAGGCGGUUAACGGACAGGAGACAGCAGCACCGAGAGCAUCGACCCGGGAGACCACGGGAGAAUAAAGACGGUUCCGUUGUCCUAGGAAUAGAGGCUCAGACGGCGUCGUAAGGAAAGGUCACCAUCACCCCAAAACCUCCUGCCUCUCCUCUCCUCUCCUCUCCUCUCCUCUCCUCUCCUCUCCUCUCCUCUCCUCUCCUCUCCUCUCCUCUCCUCUCCUCUCCUCUCCUCUCCUCUCCUCUCCUCUCCAGGUGUGUGUAGCGUGUGUUUUGCAAGAAGAGUGUUAGGAGUGUGUAUUCCUUUGCAUGUGUGUGUAGUGUACCAUAAUGAGUACAGCAGGAGUGGAGCGACGGAGGCCAACCCCGGCACAGACCCCUGAGGAGAGAGAGGGAUGGGGCCAGACAGGGAGAGAGGAGAGAGAGGGAUGGGGCCAGACAGGGAGAGAGGAGAGAGAGGGAUGGGGCCAGACAGGGAGAGAGGAGAGAGAGGGAUGGGACCAGACAGGGAGAGAGGGAUGGGGCCAGACAGGGAGAGAGGAGAGAGAGGGAUGGGGCCAGACAGGGAGAGAGGAGAGAGAGGGAUGGGGCCAGACAGGGAGAGAGGAGAGAGAGGGAUGGGGCCAGACAGGGAGAGAGGAGAGAGAGGGAUGGGGCCAGACAGGGAGAGAGGAGAGAGAGGGAUGGGGCCAGACAGGGAGAGAGGAGAGGGAGGGGGGAGAGGGACGGGCAGGGAGGGCAGGAUGGAGGGAGGGCAGAGAAACCAGUGUAGUGCAGAGUUAUAGCUUCGACUCGUACCAGCUGGAGGAAGAGGAGGGGACCAAGGGAACGCCGGAGAGAGGGGUGCUGGCCCUGUCAGAGCCGGCCUUUGAGGAGCCAGUCCCUGAUGACCGUUACCAUGGUAUCUACUUUGCGAUGCUAUUGGCUGGUGUGGGCUUCCUGCUUCCCUACAACAGCUUCAUCACCGACGUGGAUUACCUUCACCACAAGUUCCAGGGAUCCUCCAUAGUGUUUGAUAUGAGUCUGGUGUAUAUCGUGGUGGCUCUGGUCGCAGUCAUACUCAACAACAUCCUGGUGGAGAGAAUCAGCCUACACACACGAAUCACCGUGGGUUACCUGUUUGCUCUGAGUCCGCUAGUGUUCGUCAGCGUGUUUGAUGUGUGGUUGGAAUCCUUCACCACCAGACAGGCUUACAUCGUCAACCUCUUCUCUGUUGGGGUGGUCGCCUUCGGAUGUACAGUGCAGCAGUCCAGUUUCUAUGGUUACAUGGGGAUGCUGCCCAAGAGAUACACACAGGGGGUGAUGACUGGAGAAAGUACAGCAGGUGUAAUCAUCUCUCUGAGUCGUAUCUUCACUAAACUCCUGAUCAGUAACGAGAGGAUAAACACACUCAUCUUCUUCCUGGUGUCCAUCACCAUGGAGAUGCUCUGCUUCCUUCUCCACCUCAUUGUCCGUCGCUCACGAUUCGUCCGUUACUACACAGGCCCCACCCACCGGGGUCACAGCCUGGGGAAAGGUCAUGACAUCAGGUCGGAGGUCAGCGGGACAGGAUACAGGGUUCACCACGACGUCACAACAGAGGAAGUAAGAUUUGGUAACGGAGUGGUGGCGACAACGUCGCCAUCUGAUGAUGUCACAGAUGAGUUCACAGGAGGGACGUACGUUCGGUUUGGAGUCCCUAAAGACAAGAUCCGGAGAAGCUGGCCUGGACUACGAGAUAUGUUUCUUCACAGGUACAUCGUUGCCAGGGUGAUCUGGGCCUACAUGUUGUCUAUAGCAGUGACCUAUAGCAUCACUCUGUGUCUGUUUCCUGGUCUGGAAUCAGAGAUACGCAACCCAACCCUGGGGGAGUGGCUACCUAUACUCAUCAUGGCCACAUUCAACAUGGCCGACUUCGUAGGCAAGAUCCUGGCUGCGUUGCCCUAUGAGUGGACGGGGGGUCACCUGCUCCUCUUCUCCUGCCUGCGGGUGGUCUUCAUCCCUCUGUUGGUGAUGUGUGUGUACCCUUCCUCCACCCCAACCCUGUCCCACCCCGCCUGGCCCUGUCUCUUUUCUCUCCUCAUGGGCGUAACCAACGGUUACUUUGGAUCAGUCCCUAUGAUACAGGCUGCUGGGAAGGUCCCGUCGGAACAGAGAGAACUAGCAGGUAACACUAUGACUGUAUCGUACAUGACAGGGUUGAUGUUGGGAUCAGCUGUGGCCUACGCUGCCUAUAGCUUCACUGCACCGGGCUCAAACACACACACACUCACCAACAUUACCACAGGGUAUUGAACACACACACACACACACACACACACACACACACACACACACACACACACACACACACACACAGAGCCCAGAAAAGGCCUCAGCGAAAAGGACUGACAGGAUACUGAACUCCAGCCUGACAUCUGACCUCUGACCCCUCCGGCCUGCCACACUCCCCAGCUGGUAUCCUGAUUCACCUCCUGAUCCUCCUCGUCUAUACUGCUGGGCUUACUGCUCUGCCCGGGAGACGACGUGAACAGAAGCUCUGAUCGGCUCCCUGCUCUGCCCGGGAGACGACGUGAACAGAACCUCUGAUCGGCUUUCUGCUCUGCCCGGGAGACGACGUGAACAGAACCUCUGAUCGGCUUUCUGCUCUGCCCGGGAGACGACGUGAACAGAACCUCUGAUCGGCUCCCUGCUCUGCCCGGGAGACGACGUGAAUAGAAGCUCUGAUCGGCUUUCUGCUCUGCCCGGGAGACGACGUGAACAGAACCUCUGAUCGGCUCCCUGCUCUGCCCGGGAGACGACGUGAACAGAACCUCUGACUCUCAUACACGUCGACUGACACACUCCUGUGACAUCACCUGUGUGACAGCCAUGACACGAUGCAUGACAUGAUCCUUGCUGUUUCCGUCAGUGUUCUACCGCAGGUCGAGAUGCGGAACCUACCAGUGAUCAAAGUCCGUCUUUAUUCUUCAGGGUUCAUGUCAAUAUAAAAGUUGUGAAUGUAAAACAUAUUCAAUAAAAAUAUAUAUCACCGGCAAACAUUAAAUAAAAUCAAAUGUGUAAAUAUA